AUGUCACAAUACGUGCACACCACAAUAUCUCCAGUGCCCCCAAAAGUGAAGGACCUCGCACUUGGCAGCAUUCGCGGCCAUACUCGCCGAUUUCAACUACCAACGGGCAAGGCGGCCGCCGGAGAGCCGGAAGUAAAACUGUCGGCGGCGGAGGCGGCACCAAGGUCGCCAUUGCUGGAUGGCUUUGUACGAGUAGAGCUGGACGAGCAACUGGCUGCUGCCGCCGCCGCCGCCACUUACUCUCUGACGUCGGGUGGCAAGGCGGCGGGCAGGAGGGGGGGUGCCGGAUCGCCGGCGGCGGCGGUGGUGGUGCUGGUGCCGGCAGUGGGGUUGAGCUUUACGGGCGGGGCGGCCAUAAUCCCCGAACCGCUCCCUCCAGCCCCGGGGCGCCCUUGGUUCGGGCACGCGGGCAGCAAGCUCAUCACCGAGGCAUGGCUGCGGUAUGGAGUGGAUACGCCAGCGUCCCGCAACACGGCCGUCUGGGCAUUCCAUGCGGAGCCUAACCCGUCCCACCACCUCCACAACUAUCCCUCUAUCCUCCCACACCUCGCCGACAUGAGCCAGCACUUCGAUGACCUCCUGGCUUCCGGCGUCACCGAGCAAUAUGACCCCAGC